GAGACCCCAAGACGAGACCCAAGACAGAGUGUGGCACUGCAAAAUCCCACUAUACUACACUACCUGUGACUACUGUUGUAACAACCAACUAAACUUUCCCUUUGACGCUCUAACCCUCGACCUUAUACCCAUCUUAGCCCUUCUUAGCCCUUCUUACCCUUCUUCUUACCCAUCUUACCCGUCUUUUGACCCAUCCUAUCCAUUCUAUCCCAUCCUAUCCCCAUCUUAUCCAACCUGAUCCAACCUGAUUCAUCCUAACUUUGCCCCAUCUUUUGCCCAUCUUACCCAUAUCUUACCCAUCUUCUUACUCGUACACAGACACGGGAGUACUACAUAUACAUACUACAUGGUACACAGAUCUUACCUUAUUACACCUUCCUUCCUUCUUAUUUGUACAUAAACAUAACAUACGAAAGAAGAAAGAAGCAACAGAAGAAGAAGCACACGCCCACGGCCACCGCUCAUCCUCACCCUCACACUCAUAUUCACGCCCUGCAUCGCGCCUUCUUUCUUCACACUAAUUAAUUACAAUAUCACACUCAAAUACUCUACUCCACCCUGUACAAGCUUCUUUCGACCUGCCCUGUACCUUACACAUCUCAACUAUUUCCACCUUUUUACCUCCUUCCCACCUUCCUUUCCGUCUUCCGGCUUUCUUCUUUCCACCAUUCUCCCGAACCGAUCUCCAUCGUCACUCACCCUUCCUCCACCUUCCACCGCCGAUCUUCACUAAUCCUCACCGAUCAACACCACCAACACCACCAACGGCAAUUAUCUCAAAACUUCCGUCAAACUCACCCCGGCCCUACUUCUCUGCUACUUCUCUCACUGGCUGCACAUCUGCCAUCGAAACAGUAACAGUGCCGUUACGCCGUUAUCAACCAUACUCCGCGCACGCACUCAGAUCGUCCGCCGCCAUCUGACUCCGUGCUUGUUCACUGGCCCUCGUCCUUGCGCUUAACGGGAUUUAACUAUCAACCAACCCCUCCACCCUCGCCCAUUUCGAAAAUAAAGCACCUGCACCUACUCGACAACCAAGACACGAUUACUCGAAAAAAAUAGUUGCCGACGAAACAUAUAGUGCUUAUCCCCUUCCACGCUCAUAAGCCCACUGUCCACUAUCUGCCGUGAUCAGAAGUGGGAACUUUCGAAAUAAAGCGCCGAACAGAUCCUCAUAUUGGGAUCCACUCCAAACAGAUAGGAUACGACUCCAAACAGACACCCCUCAUACCCAUACGAACAAAGCUGCUGCUCCACCAACACACAGCCGUUGCCGUUUUCUCUACAUGCAUAUAUAUGUAUAUAUAUUUAAUUAUAUAUACAUGUAACCACACAUAACACCACCCACACCAAACGAAUUCGUUUUCUGACGCUACACUUAACGGCCUUGGUGUUUCAUACACGAACACAGAUCAAACGCCGAACGCCUGACAUACUCGACAAAUCUUGCGAUUUGACCCUGCACAGAACUGCCGAUACCCCCCACGACUAUUAGCGCACCACGCAAUUGCGCGGCCAGUGCGACAGACCUACAAGGAGAAGCGCUUCAGAAAGGACGCGGCUGCGUGACAACGUUCUCAAUUGGGAAAGUUGCCCUCGUUUAGCCGUCGGCAAUCCUACACUACGAGCUUCCGUACUACGCUUGUGAUCGAAUAUAAACCAUAGAGAAGAGACGAUACCACGCGCUGAGAUAGAUACCCAGCCUAUACAAAGAUGACGGAAACAUACAGAGGACACGUUCGGAGCCCUGCGGACGCCAUAAAGCUAUUCGAGGCUUGCCGACUUGGCUUAUUACCCCGCGUGCAACGAAGAUUAUCGGAGAAGGAGAGGCAAUCAAUAACAUCUGGCUCGGUGUUCGUAUGGGACGAGCGCGAGGCAGGCAUGCGUCGGUGGACUGACGGCAAAUCAUGGAGUGCGAGCCGUGUCUCUGGCAGCUUUCUCACAUACCGCGAGAUGGAGGGCAAGCGCGGCGGGGGCAACUUCGUCCCUGCACCGCGGCGACUUGGCGGAAAGACACCAGAUAGUGGGCGCGGCAGCGACGAGGACGCAGAUAUGGACCAGGAUAGCCUAGACGGAUACCGUUAUAAGGCAGAUGGACUAUUGAAGCAGUCAUUCAGCAUCACGACAUCUAAUGGCCAGCACCUUCACUUAAUCAGCUACUUUGCGCGCCAGCAUCCGAGCAUAACAGAUCUUCCACAGCCAACGACCGAUCCGGCACUGCGACAUAUCGUCCCCGUCAAGGGCAUGUAUCCCGAGUCCACAGUCCACGACCAAGCGCCACCUCCUCCCCGCGCGCAAAUUCAGGGACCUUACAUGUCCUCACCACAACAGAUGAUGCCCGGAAACGCCCCUCACUCCCGGUCACCAUACCCUUAUUCCCCCGGCUACGGCGCCUGGCCACCCUCUCCAGUCCCGACCCCCCCCUACAACUACCCUCCCUCAAUGUACGGCUCGCAGCUUCCCCCUCCCCCACCAAACGACAGGAGUCCACACCAGUACUCGCCUCAACACCUCCCCCCUCAUAUGCAGCACCACCCUGCACCACAGCCAUACGACCGCUCCCCUCACCACCCGCACAGUCCACACGAUAGCCUCGCUCCGCGACACCUCUCCGCCUCCGGCCCACCACCACAGAUGAGCACCCUUGCAUACGCGACAAAUGCUGCCCGCGACGCCCAGCACGCUCUCGCACAGGCGCAGGCCAUGCAGGCGCAACAACUGGGACAGAUGCAUUCGGGAGCUCGUGGGCCGCCGUCUGUAGAUCCAAGGUUAGGACCAAGAGUGCCACCACUUCACCACCAGCAGUCGAACGGGCACGCGCCGCCGCCUCUGCACCACCUCUCUUCGCCCACUGGAAGCAGGGACGGUUCGCUGGGACAGGAUAGGCCACAACAGAGGAGUCCCCUAUCGAAUGGUGCACCGCCUCACCAGCCGAGAAGCGGAGAGGCCCAGAGCAUUCCCAGCAUUUCGAAUAUGGUGCACGGCACCCCCUCCUCAGGCCCGCCACCCUCCUCCGCCCCAUUAUCCGCGUCCUCGUCGCAACAGCGCAGCCCCGGCGGCGCACCGCAGCAACCGAGCCCGUCGAGCAGAAUGCCCGAUAAGGGCGUCAGCCCCGCCAGGAACGACGAGGACGAGGCUAAGGGCGCGAAUGGCAUCCCGAGAGAGAUUCCGCAUGCGAAUAUCACGGGUCCUGGGUUUGGAGGAGAGGAUAUGCGCGCGUUGAGGGUGCUGGAUCGGAAGUUUUGUAUCUGAGAGAGAUUUCUUCCACCUUGCAUGGCGGUUUUUAAUAUUGACUCGGAUUUUCUACCGGAGGGAGGGAUGGGAAGUAAUCGGGGUGGAUGGAGAGGCCAUGUGACUUUGACAAAAGUUUGGGAGGAGCGCUCAUUGCGUUUUGUUUUUUUCUGCGGCAAAGAUCUUUUUUCUUUGCGUCGCUUUUUCGAGGGGGGAUUCCGCAGUUUCCUAUCAGGAGCAAAUGCGCGGAUAGGGAGACUGGAGACGGGGGAAUGGACAUGGAUAUGACUGCUUUGCUAGAGGGACCUACUCACACGAAUGGACCGGAGCAGGGGGAUAUGAAUACCUUUUUUUUUUAGGACUCGUUAUGUUUUUCCUAGGAGUUGCUGGGGCCGCAAGGCAUGGCAGGGCAAGGUGGAUGGACGGACGGGACGGGGAGAGGCUGAGGGGCUAUUGGCAUCGCUCUUUGCUUUUGAUAACCUCUUUUUUUGUGCUUGGUUUUUUUUGGUAGUGGCUUUUGGGGUUUGCUUUGAGGCAUUGUUUUGCGUUUGUUUUUUCUAUUUGCUUAGACUGUUCACGAGGGGGGAGAGUGGGGUGGGAUGGGAUGGGUAUAUAGGUGGUUGGUGACGAGGAGGGGAGAUAAAUGGUGG